AUGCCGUCCGCACCAGCAAACAAGCGCGUCAGAGGAGUUUCAGUAUUCCGCCCAUUCAUUUUUGGCAGCGAAGCUCAGCUAUUUGACCCCGAGAAGAAGCCCGCAAAUGCACCCGUCGACCACACCCACCAAUGGCGCAUCUUCGUGAAGGGCGUCAACGAUGAAGAUAUCUCCUAUUGGCUGAAAAAGGUCCAAUUCAAACUCCACGAGACAUACGCACAAAACGUCCGAACAAUCGAGGCGCCCCCGUUCGAAGUCGUCGAGACCGGGUGGGGUGAAUUCGAGAUUCAAAUCAAAUUAUACUUCGUCCCCGAGUCAAACGAGAAACCGCAGACCCUCUGGCACAGCCUGAAACUUCACCCCUACGGACCAGAUGCAGAGGGAAUGAAGGAGCGCCGGGAGGUGGUUGUGAGCCAGAAUUACGAGGAGGUCAUUUUCAAUGAGCCUGUUGAGCCUUUCUACGAAAUCCUUACUGGAGGUCCUGCUGGUACUGCUCCGCCCCGGGCUAAGGGCAAGAAUGCCAAGCAAGGUGCGGGACGGACGGCGGAGAUCCCGGUUAACGAUGCGCCGAAGAAUCCGUACAGUCGGGCGACUGAGAAUAAGGAGCUUGAUCGGAUGUCGGAGGCUAUGAAGACGGUUGAUGCGAUGAUCAAAGAGGAGAAGGACCGCUUGGUUGAGCGAGAGAAGACGCUUGCAGAGUUACGGGAAAGCGAGGGAGUUCCCGCUAAUACAAAGAAGAGAUGA